ACGUCAAGUGUGUGCUGCAGUUGAUCGUUGCUUUUUAUUUUUUAAAUUUGCGGACGGUUAAUGGGUGUGAGAGAGGACAUUUCUCGUAAAACGGUAAAAUGAUGUAACUUAAGCGUGUUUUAAUAUAACAACAUGUGCUUAACGGUGUUAUUACGUUCAAGAAAAUGACUGUCUAGUCAGUGUUUUACACUAACGUUUAAUGAAAGACAUUUUAUGUGGUGUUGUCGUCAGUUUCAAAAUGCUUGGUGCACGUCCGCGUGCAGUGACGCAGGGAAAAUACACAUUUUUUCGUAGGUGAUGAUGGCCUAAACAAGACGUUUGGCGUCUUAACACUGGCCAUUUUCGCCUCGCUACGUUCGCAGCCUUCAUGUUUAAUCCCGCCAACUUUACUCGCGUUUAUUGAUACCCGGUAAUGUAGAUUUCUUACGUAACGCUUCAACAUCGUUUAUUUCCGCCAUCAAUAUUGCAGAAAUGCAGACUGCUUUGUUUCUGCUGUGCAAGACCCAGGUUGGGAAAUCAAAUGUCUAAAUUUAUUAACAUCAUCUGGUGGAACGAACCAGCCUCAAACAAGCAAGUUUGUGUGCGCAUUCUCUGGGGGAUGGCCGUAUGAGUCGCACUUUGAUUGAUGUCUUUUUGGACCAGUAGUUUUUGAGAAAAGUGAGGAAAAGUACCUCCUCCGCCUGUGUACGGAAGCUGAUUAAUCACAUGCUAACAGGUGUUUCGUAAAGAACGCAAACUUGAUUUCAGUAGCGAAAAUGGACAUUAAAGAUAAGUUAAAUAUAAUCAUUGCAUACAGGAUGGUGCUGAGAGACGUGCUGUCCGAGUGGCUCGGUCAUAGGACGCAACCGACUUUAAACUUACAACAAAAGGUGCAGUUUUAGGAUGUUACCAUGUUGCUGAAGGUGAAAUACCACAGUAUCAAGAAGUACAUCAAAUUGCAAUCAGGCUCCACCUAUUCAGAAUUCAUCAGGGAAGUCAAAACCAAGUUUGGGCUUCCUGACGCAGCUCAACUUAACAUUUUUGAUGAAACUGACACAGCAGUAGAGGAAGACAUUUUUCUAGAGCUGUUGGAGGCCAAUCCGGACAUAUGCCUGACAGUACGUGACAGCAUUUCAGAUGAAGAUCAUUCUACACCAUCUUCCCUCACGGAUACCAUAUCACUUUCUUCAAGUGACCGUGACCUUACAGAACUGGGUAUUCCCACAGACAGCAAUAGAUCCAGCAAAGAAGACACUACCAGUUCUGCAACAAAGGCUUCCGUGUCAGAGGCAGCAAAGGAGAUGGUAGAAAAUGCCUUGCUUAAAAAGCCUGGAGGAGAGGAUAUUCUUGAAGAGUACAAGUCAGAAAAUUCACUAAUGCACCGCACUCGGAGACAGCUUGUCAACAUAUUGGCGAGUGAUAUUACUGAGAGACAUGGUAGGAUUCCUUCCCGUCAGCAGAAGGAGAAGUAUGCCCUGGGAAUUAUUACUCUGUUUCCCUCACUGAAGGAUCCUUUUUCUCCAAAGGGCUAUGAGCAUUUCUAUGAUGGGGAAAAGGGCACUGGAUAUUUAGCGUGGCGCCUCAAAACCAUUUCCAGGACUUCAGGAAAACGGCCAGUCAAGGAAGCCUCAGUGCAUCAAGCACAAGGACCAAAGCGCCAAAGAUCAGCAACCACACUGCCUCAGCAGCUUGAUGGAGAUGCCUGCAGGGAGGCCAUUUCAUUUCUUGUUCACUCGUCUGAUGAAGCAAGUGUAUUUCAGAAGAUGAAGAUGACGUUUCAGCACCGUCAGGACCUAGUGCAUGACCCACAAAGAAGCACAGAUGUCUUCAAAACAUUUCCACGCUUUUUAGAUGUCAAAGGACUGUUGAAUCAAGACUUCCUGCUGCUGUUUGGUGCUGAAACAGCCUCCAAGAUGCUUGAGAAGUGGGACACCUCAUUUAAGCCCAAGGUCAUCAAAGAGGCCAAAAACCUGACUCAGACAUCUGAGCUGUGCCGACUUCUAAAAGCUGCUGAGAAACUCGCAGAGAACAAUGAAACGGACUGGGACAGUGACAUCGCUUCUAUGCUGCUGCUUCUCUAUCUCUUGCCACCCACAGCUGGACGAAAGAGGACCAAAAUAAGUCCAAGUGAUGCAGUGGACAAAAUGGUGCACUUUCAUAAGUCAUGCUGCAGCAUCAAUGAAUAUGUGCAGGAAAGAGAGGGUAAACAACCAUACAUCCUUGCAGUUGGCCGAACCCAAAAGACAAUUGAUACCUUCUACAUCGCCAUUGACAAACAGCUCAUCCUCUGCCAAGCCACCAGCUCAUUGGGUGCUUUUGAUGAACUGUUUAAAUCCCACUAUGUGUUCAACUUGUCUUAUGAUGAGUCCCUGGUCCAUUUCUACACUUUUUUGCAGACAACUGUCUACAACAUUGAUGUUACCACAACAGAUGAGUCUCCAAGAGUUCGUGAGUUGCGGGCAAAACUUUUGAAUGACAUAUGAAUAUGUUCAAAUGUUUCAUUUGUCAAGCAGUGCAUGCUACUGUACCAGGGCCUAAUAACUCGUUUGCGGAUCGGCCACAGUUUCUAUCCAGGCACCAAGUUUAAAUUAGUUUGUGCACAAGACCAUUGUAGGCGUCAGUUUUUAAAAUUUUUAGGUUAAAAAAAAAACAUUUUGUUAGUGUGCAUGAUAAGGGUUAUUGCCAACAGUGUGAUUUACUUCAUAGUAAACAAGCUUUUGGUCGACCGUUUUUGAUUCAGCACUUUUAUGCCUACGUGUUUGAAAAAGAUGUGAUAAAAGCAGACUGUCUUUAAAUUUACAAGCCUUUUGACUAACAAAGUGCUUGUGGAGAUGAUAGCCUUUCUAUUGUACCAUCUCUGUAAAUGUGCAUAGAAUUCAAGUUGUAUGGUGCUUAGAUAUUUUUGUCUUUAUUAAAAAAAAGUAGAAUUCUU